AUUUCUUUGCAGCAGGAAGCCUGAAGUGCUUCAGCAGCAGAAAUACAACGGAACCAAAGGAACUACGGGAGGAAUGUGAUCUUUGUGACAAACACUGUACUUUGUACUUAGAAAAGUGUUUGAAGAAAUCUCUGAGCCAACUUGAAUAAUUCAAGCUUUCAACUGACCCUGGCAGCCAACAAAAACAUUUUUUUAUUUUGAAAAUAAAAAGCUUAAGUAAGUGUAUGCAUCAGCCUUGUUUAGUAGAAUUACAGAUACAGUAUAUUAGGCUUGCAGUUCACGUAUUUUGUUAUACUUGUGUCUGUUUUCCCAAACAUAGAGGUAAUUAUGGCUGAAAAUAAACACAGUGAUGCCCUUAAUAACAACAAGCCAGCCCUUAGUGAAGAUCAAGCUGUACAGUUGAUUGAGUCCUUAUAUGGAGUAAAAGUAUUAAAUAUCAAACCCCUACCGAGCUAUGAUGAUCAAAAUUUCUACAUUAAGUCAUGUAGUGAAGAUCCCAAUGGUUGCUGUGAGUAUGUGAUGAAGAUAACAAAUAGUGAAGACAGCAGAUACGGAGAACUUCUGGAAGCUCAAACAAGCGUCAUGGUGUUUUUGUGCAGUAAUGGUGUUCCUGCUCAGAAACCUGUAUUCACAAAGAAUGGUCAGAGCCUCUCAUUAGAAACUAUAGACUAUGGAUCAACAAUACAAAAACAAGCUGUGAGACUUCUGACAUACCUUCCAGGCACACCACUUGCAAGAGUUGUAGCAACGCCUGAAAUUUUAUUUGAUAUUGGUAAAAUGGCAGCAAAUAUUGAUAAAAUGCUGGCUGAGAAUUUUCUGCAUCCAAAUAAAACAUGCUUUGAGCGGGGCCAGUUUAUUUGGAAUUUAUCCAACACGUCCUUGCUUCGAAAAUAUGCUCAUGCAGUUAAAGAGACGGAACUGCAGAAAAUAAUUGAAGACGUUAUCACACAGUAUGAGACAUUUGUACUGCCAAAUCUGAAUUGUUUCCGCAAAUGCAUUAAUCAUGGAGAUCUGAAUGAUCACAACAUACUAGUGGAAAAGACCAGCUCCCCUGGAAGUAUUCAGGAGCAGUACAAAGUGUCUGGAAUACUAGAUUUUAGUGACAUGAGCUUUGGUUAUUAUAUUUUUGAGUUAGCAAUCACUAUUAUGUAUAUGAUGAUUGAGAGCAAUGACCCACUUCAUGCCGGAGGCUAUGUACUUGCUGGAUUUCAAAGUGUUAUUCCACUGACUGAUGAAGAAAAAGAUGCUCUGUUCUUCUUAGUGAACUGUAGAUUUUCUCAGUCACUGGUAAUGGCCAGAUAUAGCGUCCAGUUGUGUCCAGAGAAUGAGGAAUAUCUUAUGAUAACUGCUAAAACUGGUUGGAAGCAUUUGCAAACUCUUCAUGAUAUGGGAAAAGAAGCUGUCGAGAAGAUCUGGUUUGAAACAGCAGACUCAUACGUUGCUACCCAUUAGUUUGUAUAACAUCCUUGAUUUUAUGAGGAUGGUACAAACUGCCAAUGGUGCAAAUUUAUUUGUCUCCAUACUGGGCCUUUUUUAAUUAAAAAAAAAAAUUGAAGCAAAUAGGGAAUAAAAAUUAAUUAUUUUCCAUGCA